CAGCGUUGUUUUUCCAAGUGGCUGCUGGGAAAUUCCAAGAAACAGGAAGUGCUGUAUCUAACGUUGCGCAUGAGAUAACGGUCUGAGACAUUACUACUACAAUAUUCUUCAAGUAUGGACAACAGAUAGCGGACCGCACCUUCAGUAGAAGUUGCUGCCUGCUGGAAGCCUCACAUUAACCAAUGGGACUGAUCCUGUAUGAGAUAGAACACGGUGAAGAUGAUGAUGAUGGGGGAAAGUGCUGCACAAGGGUCUCAGUUGAGACAAUCUGUGCUAAUCUAUUGAAGUGCUUGGUGGUGUUCUAUGGAGUUUUCUACAUUGCAGCCAGUAUCUGUCAUGGAGCAUUCAGGCUGGGAACUUUGCAAGCAUUUGAUCCCAGGAUACCAUUUGACUUCCAGGAGCCAUUUUCCUGGCAAAGUAGCCAAUAUCUGGCUAGACUCGUGUCCAUGGAGUCUACGUACUUUGUGUGUACCUGGGCCUUUGCAGCUAUUGUACAACACUGUGUGUGGGACUAUGCCAUCACGAUCACCUUGGUGCAUGUCAGCAUAUGCUGUGCCGUUAUGCAAGGCUUUCCUCUGACCUGGCAGUGGUGGGUUACACUUGGUUGUGGGGUAUUCUUCAUGAUAGUUGUCGGGGAGAUGGUCCUGUGCUGUGUCAGGUGCAAGGGUCAGGGGGCAAAGGUCGCACCAAGCAGAAGAUCAGGAGUCACAUGAGAAAGGCGACCCUCGUUACCUUCAUUGUUCUACCAUGCAGUGUGUUGGCAGCAGCAUUUGUGGAUGAGUUUCCUCUGACUAGAGUCAAAUAAAAAUCCCUAAGUUACUCCUUCCACAAAAUGUUUUGACAUGAGCUGUCAAAUUGUUGCUACAUAAUGCCAGUAUGUUGUCUGUUAAUCCAAAGUGCAAUAUUAGCUGAGCUGGCCAAAAUACUAAGUUGUCAGUGUCUAAAACCAGUCAAUAUACAAUUGUAUCUGCAUAUUUUCUCUGUUGCAAUUUUCUGUAUGUUGUCCAAAAAGAGAUCUGUCUUCCCGCCAAGAAUUUUCCUUCUCGUAAGUACUUUGACAGAAGUGAUUCCAUUUAUAUACAUUGUAUAGAUAAAGCUGUCUCUCUGAUCUAAGAAUAGCUUCCUGGACUGCAAUAAUCUAGAGAAAAGGAAAUGUACAAAAAAACAUUCCAGUUCAUAGUAAUGCCAGGUAAACUUAAUUUCUGCUUGGUGCUAACAUAAGCUUUUGUAUUUUAUAUGAAUGCCUUGUACACCACUGGGUAUGCAAUUUUUAAAAACCUGAUACCUCAAUAAAUUUGUAGGUUAAUAUGACCUUUUAAAUGGUAUGUAUAUGUUUACUAUCCAGGAAUAACAAAGUUGAAUUAAACAUAGCUGUCUGGAUAUUUGGAACGUGACAUUCCAGAAUUAAAGUGACCAGUAUUUUGCCAUGAUGAAGACCCACUUCAAAGGGAAUGUCAAAACAUUGUGUGCAGACUUGUUGGUAGUACAUGUACAUUGUACAUGUCGAUCUAAAUGGCUAUCAGCCU